AUGGAUGUCACGUCUGUCAAAAGGAGGCGAUCAUCUUCGCCGUCUCUACGGCCAUCAUCAGCUUCGGGCUCGGACAAUGCCACCCGUCCAAACUCGCAGGACUCGCAGCCCAGGUCCUCCCAGAUCUAUGCCUUUCUCAACCACUCGACUGAGACCGUGUCCGACAAUUUACCACCGAAUGUGGAUGACAAGCCAUUGGCGCGGCAGAGGCGGCGGCGGACCAGCCCAGAAGACCAAGCCAUCCUCGAGGCAGCGUAUGCCCACAACUCCAAGCCUGACAAAGCCGCUCGAAUACAGCUGGCGCAACAGGUCGCUCUUGGCGAAAAGGAAGUCCAGAUUUGGUUCCAAAAUCGCCGGCAAAGCUCCAGAAGGAAGUCUCGUCCUCUUCUUCCUCACGAGCUAGCGCAAUACCAGUUGUACCGGUCUAGUAUCGCAGCCCAUGACGCCAGCAGUGAAGCAUUAGGUUCCAGCUUCAGUGGGUAUGGAGAUGCAUCCUUUGCCAAUGAGCCGCCUGUCUUCGCCACGAGCCAUCACGUUCCGGAGCACCACAGCACAACGUCUCACACCGCUCCGCAUAGAUCGCUGGGAAUCGGAGCGGGGCCAAGUGCAUCUGGUCCUUCUCAUGCACACCCAGAUGGCUCCGCGCCAAGCACUGGGCCAGAAAGAGUGGACCAUUUCGUCAACCGUCGAAGUGAGCCAUUCCUACACGACUUGCAAUUGCGUCAUGCACACCAUGCAUUCGGCGCCUUGCCGGCCGAGGCGAGUAAGGAUGUCAAGAGAUCAUCGUCAUUCAUGCGACUGUCUAUGAACAGCGAGGGCGCAGCCACGGUAGUCACCAAGGACUCUUCCUCACCGUCGCCACCUCGGCCGCAGCCAGGCCAUGAACAGGUUGCGGUAACCUCUAAUGCUGCACCGAUUGCUUCAGCUUUGCCGCCGUUGAAGAGAACUUCCAGCGGCCGCUCGCGGGACUCGCGCGCGUGGGAGUUCUGGUGUGACAAGGACGCUCGAGAGGAGCUUACUGACAAGGCUGAAAAGGACGCCAGUGGGUCAGCAGCAGAUGCUAUUGGGCUACUGCGAUCAACUUCAGGGAGAAGCAUUUUGGGGGCGAUACCCUCGAAGCGGAACUCCCUCCUAUCUCGACAGUCGGCUUCGUUCAAGAGAUCCAAGCUAGACAUGCCGAAGCCAGCUCUCCAGAAGGCCAGCACGUCGAACGCUCGCCUACAGAACGAGCGACGUUCUCAGCCAGCAACCAAGGCCAAGCCAUCGCUGUACAGCACUUCGACCUACAUCCCGGGCAACGAGUCGGACAAAGAGAACUGGUCGCCUGAUGGUCGGCAGGGCCAGCAGCAGGGCGGGGAGAAUGACGACCCAGAGGCAGAUCCGGAGAUUGCAGCAUUCAUGAAGAACGGGCGGAAGAGCAGUAGUGUGUCCGGUGCGGAGGAGCUGGAUUGUGUUCAGGGGUUGCUGUCGCUCAGUCAGGGUAAUUGGCGAUGA